GGUUUCUGAACUUUCGGGACUUGUGAGUCACUUCUGUGGAGGUCGUGCGGUGUGUCCUGGUGUGUUGGGCUCCGUCUCCGGUCUGUCGUGGGGUGCCCUGUGGUGUCUGGGUGUGGUGGAUUGUAGGUGUGUACCACGGAGUGCAAACGGCUGGAGAAUCGCAGGCCAUUGUGUGUGUCAGAGUGCGUCUUUGCCCACGUGGAUGGACUCUUCUUCCUUGCCUGGGGCCACAAGACACACCCCAGCCCCUCCUUAGUCUCAGGAGGGGAUGGGAUGGGUAGCCUCCCCCUACCCAGGGACCUCCCCGUCCCUCCCAGCCCUGCCCCGCUGCAGUUACCACUCCCCAGAGGGCACAGGGCUAGGCUGUGCCUUCCAGCAAAAGUCCCAGAGUGAGCAGAACGGGCCUCCAGCCUGGAAGCCAAGCUGGCUGCCAUUUGCGUUCUGAGAGGUGGGGGACCCUGGGCAGGAAGCUGGCUGAGCCCCAAGACCUCAGGGGCCAUGGGCGGGGAGCUGUUAACUGGCUUGGGGGCCCUACGGCGGAGAAAGCGCCUGCUGGAGCAGGAGAAGAGGGUGGCCGGCUGGGCGCUGGCGCUGGCGGGAACUGGCAUCGGACUCAUGGUACUGCACGCCGAGAUGCUGUGGUUCCUGGGAUGCCAGUGGGUGCUGUACCUGCUCCUGGUUAAGUGUUUGAUCACCCUGUCCACCGUCUUCCUCCUUUGCCUUAUCGUGGUCUUCCACUCCAAGGAGGUCCAGCUGUUCAUGACCGACAACGGGCUCCGGGACUGGCGGGUGGCGCUGACCCGGCGGCAGGUGGCGCAGAUCCUGUUGGAGCUGCUGGUGUGCGGGGUGCACCCGGUGCCCCUGCGGAGCCCACACUGCACCCGGGCGGGAGAGGCCACCGAAGCGCAGCCUUGGCCGAGCUUCCUGGGCGAGGGCGAGGCGCUGCUGUCCCUGGCCAUGCUGCUGCGCCUCUACCUAGUGCCCCGUGCGGUGCUGCUGCGCAGCGGCGUCCUGCUCAACGCCUCCUACCGCAGCAUCGGAGCGCUCAACCAAGUCCGCUUCCGCCACUGGUUCGUGGCCAAGCUCUACAUGAACACGCACCCGGGUCGCCUGCUGCUGGGCCUCACCCUCGGCCUCUGGCUCACCACGGCUUGGGUGCUGUCUGUGGCUGAGAGGCAGGCCGUCAAUGCCACGGGACACCUCACAGACACCCUGUGGCUGAUACCCAUCACAUUCCUGACCAUUGGCUAUGGGGACGUGGUACCCGGCACCAUAUGGGGCAAGAUCGUCUGCCUAUGCACCGGAGUCAUGGGGGUCUGUUGCACAGCCCUGCUUGUGGCUGUGGUGGCCCGGAAGCUGGAGUUUAACAAGGCGGAGAAACACGUGCACAACUUCAUGAUGGACAUCCAUUACGCCAAAGAGAUGAAGGAGUCGGCUGCGCGCCUCCUGCAGGAAGCCUGGAUGUAUUACAAACACACGCGCAGGAAGGACUCCCGAGCCGCUCGGAGGCAUCAGCGCAAGUUGCUGGCUGCCAUCUGCACGUUCCGCCAGGUACGGCUCAAACACAGGAAGCUCCGGGAACAAGUGAAUUCCAUGGUGGACAUCUCCAAGAUGCACAUGAUCCUGUGCGACCUGCAGCUGGGUCUCAGCACCUCCCACCGGGCCCUGGAGAAGAGAAUCGACGGGCUGGCGGGGAAGCUGGACGCCCUGACAGAGCUGCUCGGCACCGCCCUGCAGCAGCAGCCGCCACUGCCAGAACCCAGCCAGGAAGCCACGUAGCUGGACCCACGGGAGAAGGAACCGGGCAAUGCACCCCAAGGACUGAGCUCAAGGAAUCCUCCCUGCCACUUCUGACCUAGCCCCAUGAAUAAAGCGCCUCAAGAUGCCAGGGCCGACGUGCGUCCGCGUUGACAUGCGUGGACUCUCCGGUGGCGGCGGCCACGAGGGGACACUGGCUUGGACCUCCAACCGCAGUGGCAUCAGGGCCACCACACACACACACACACACACACACAGACACACAUGCACGCGCACACACAGACACAGACACAUGCGCGCACACACACGCACAGACACAUGCGCGCGCGCACACACACGCACAGACACACACAGAGACACACAGACACACGCACACACGCACGCGUGCACACACACGCACAGACACACACACACACCCUCGGCAGAAGUCCUUUCGCUGUGCUGCUGCUGCUGCUCACGAACUCUCAAGCUCUGCCAGAGGUGGAGGUGACCCGGGCCAGACUCCGGGCUCCCGGGGCGGGGGCAGAGGCAACAGGGAGCCUGGGGCCCAGGAUGCUGGGACGCUUCAGUUAACCGCGGGCCGGCCUCGCUGGAGGGACCAGGUCCGAGGGGCGGGAGCCGGUGCCCCCUGGUGGACGCCACGGAAGACGCGGCUUUCCCGGAACGCAGAGGUGGAUGUCUGCGGGGAAGGGGGGCGGGGGCCACGCGCCCGUCCACGGUCACACUUUGUAAUAAAUGGCGAAUAGAACCAGA